AUGAGGGCUUUGCAGAUAUGGGUCGGAAAUAGUCCGUCGUUUCGGAUACAAGCGCAGUGUCCUCGCCUGAGAUUAUGCCAGCCGACCUUCCUUGCACGUCGUACCUACCUUCGCCCGGCAUUCGCACCCAAGCCCACGAUCGAUAUCAAGCACAUCCGCCAGAACCCAGGACUAUAUGAGCAAAACUGUGUAGACCGAAACUAUGCAGCACAUAGCAAGUCUUCAUGGCGUAUAUUGGAGCUGCAUGAGCAAUGGCUGCAGCUUCAGCAAAGCAGUCGCAGUCUGCGAGAGCGCAACAACCGCAUUCGAGCUCAUCUCGCAAAGACGGCCUCGCGUGUCAAGGACGCUGACGGAAAGCCCGUCGCCUUGAGAGAAGGCAUGAUUGGUGAGGCAAAGGCUAUAAAGGCAGAGCUUAGUGCGGUCGAAGCACAGGAAACACAAUUACAAGAAGAAAUUGAGAGCCUGGCCCAGGACUUACCUAAUCUGAGCAGUACGCAUACGCCAGUGGGCACUGAACCUGAUGUCCUUGGCUACAUCAAUGCGCAUCUCGGGAGCGAGCCGUCGCAAUCAAAAAGUCAAAAGUCACACGUAGACAUUGGGCAGGAGCUUGGCAUACUAGACUUCACCGGCUCAGCGCAAACUUCAGGCUGGGGCUGGUACUUUCUCAUUGGUGAUGGUGCUAUGCUGGAACAGGCUCUCGUCCAGUAUGCCUUGAGAGUUGCUACAAAGAAAGGAUGGAAAGCAGUGGCGCCACCGUCAUUGGUGUAUUCGCACAUUGCCUCCGCAUGUGGGUUUCAGCCAAGAGAUCAGAAUGGCGAACAGCAAGUAUACGCCAUCGAGCAAGCAGAAAAGGACAAGGCAAAGCCUCAACUGGCUCUCGCUGGCACAGCAGAGAUACCUCUGGCUGGUAUGAAGGUCAACCAGACGUUUGAGGAGUCGGAACUGCCACUCAAGACAGUUGGCGUGAGCAGAUGCUACCGUGCUGAAGCUGGCGCGAGGGGGGCGGAUACCAAGGGUCUAUAUCGGGUUCAUGAAUUCACAAAGGUCGAGAUGUUCGCCUGGACCUCCCCUGACCACGCAGGAGAAGAUCACUUCACCGCCCAAACAACACAGAGCUCAGAGGUAAUCUUCGAGGAGAUGUUGUCGAUACAAAAAGAAAUCUUGGAAGCGCUCGGGCUGCAUUGCCGCAUACUAGAGAUGCCGUCCACGGACCUCGGUGCCAGUGCCACAAGGAAGCUCGACAUAGAGGCCUUCUUCCCAUCUCGCCAGGACAUUGACCAAGGCUGGGGAGAGGUGACGUCCACAUCCAUGUGCACCGACUAUCAGAGCCGACGGCUGCAGACACGCAUGCGCAUAAAGGGUGGCAAACUAGAGUUUCCGUAUACGCUCAACGGGACUGCGCUCGCGGUGCCCCGGGUGCUCGCGGCAUUGCUGGAGAACCACUGGGAUGAACAGGAUCGUACAGUGACGAUACCGGAGGUGUUGCGGCCAUUCAUGGACGGCCAAGAGAAGAUUCAGACACAACGCUAG